AUGAAUACACAAUAUGAUAUUCGAAAACGAAACAAUUCCCGAAUUGUAAUUUUCGAUGAUCGAUUUGCUCGAACAAUUUGGCGCCGUUUAAAAUUUAGUCAUAAGAUAACAAAACUAAUUUCGAAUCUGACACCAUUAGGUUUCAGUGUUCAAGGAAAAUGGAAAAUGUGUGGUGUCAAUAAAGCAAUGCGAUUAAAUAAAUAUAAUAAAAGUGAAUAUUUUUCACCACAUAAAGAUUCACAAUAUGCGCCCAGUGGUGAUGAGCAAUCAUUACUUAGUUUAAUCAUUUACUUAAAUGAUGAUUUUGAAAAUGGUCAAACAAAAUUCUAUUUUCCAAAACAAUUACCGAAAUCUUCUAUUAGAGGAUUAACAAUUAAAGAAGAAAUUGAAGCUUAUGGCGGAUUAGAACAUGAUUAUGAAUGCGUUGCAAUAAAACCAAAGAAAGGUCAUGCCGUUCUAUUUACACAUAAUAUUUUGCAUGAAGCUACAGCACCAAAUAUAGAUGAUCAUUCUAAUAAUAUCAAAGAACGUGUUGUAUUAAGAACUGAUGUUGUUGUUAAACGAAAAGAAAAACCAUUAGGUUUUGCACUAAGUUCAAAUGAAAUAGAUGAUUAUCAUGCAUGUUUAAAUUUUUUUCGUGAAGCACAACAAAUUGAAUUGAAAAUGUAUGAUAAUUGUAAUGAUACAGUAAAACCAAUUGAUAUUGGAGAAUUGUAUGAACGUUCAUUAUCUAUUCGAUAUUGUUAUCCACAUAUACUUCAUUUAAAAUCUGAACAAUCAAUUAUAAAUCAAGAAGAAGAAAAAAUUAAUUGA